AUGAAGUUCGCCCUCUUCAUCGCUCUCGUCGCGCUCGUCGCUGCUCAGUCUUUUGUGUACUGUGCCCCAAUUCCGCGCUCCGCGACAGAUGUCGUAUUCAGCCAAUACUUGAGACGCGGUGCUCCAGUGCGCAUGUCCUACUCGCCCAAGGGUCAGAAUUUGUCGGACAAGGAGAAAAAGGAAGCGGAAUCGGCCGCCAAGUUCCACAAUGCCAACAACGAUCCCAAGAUGACCGGUUAUCAAGCCAGCACUGGAUUCCACAUUAGCGCAACGGAUGGACAUCCCCACGUGACCGGAUAUGCUCAACAAGGUCCAAAAGGGAACCAGCAGUACAAGGACAAGGAUGGCAAUGAUCAGACGCAUCUUUACCUGCCGACCGGUCAGCAGUGGACUCAACCAAACACCGGCACAACUCCCGGAAAGGUCUGGACCGGUGCGCCCGAGAAUCAGCAGUGGGGUCAGCCUCAAGGUCGUCUUCCAUGA